AACUUGCGCGCAUGCCUACGAACCGCUAUAAAGCAGGCAGUACAUGAAAACAGUCAUUAAUACGUGACCAGAAGAGUGUCUCAUUUGACUCGUGACUACCUGAAGGAAUGGGGGACGCUUCUGUCUGACUGAGUCCGUCCGCGCGCUGGCGUGUGUGUGUCGUAUUAUUUUGGGGGCGGGCGGGUCAUGACACUCCAGAGGUGGGUAUUCCUCCGUAAGCUCACAGCUGCUGCUGCUACUGCUUCUUCUUCUCCUCCUCCUCCCUUCUCUCGUCCAUCCUCCCUGAGCCGUUGCACACACGUGCUCGGGUUCAGUCAGUCUGUAGCCGCCAACAUGGCAGAGGAGGCGAAGAAACUAGCAGCGUACUCUGCCGUGGAUAACAACGUCCAGAACAAUCAGGUGGUGGGAGUGGGUAGUGGGUCGACCAUCGUGUAUGCUGUGGACCGGUUAGCCGAGAGAGUUCGACAGGAAAAGCUCAACAUCGUGUGUGUGCCCACCUCCUUCCAGGCUCGACAGCUGAUCCUGCAGCACGGCCUGGCGCUGUCGGACCUGGAAAGACACCCAGAGCUGGACGUGGCGAUCGACGGCGCAGACGAAGUGGACGCCGAGCUCACGCUGAUUAAAGGCGGCGGUGGCUGUCUCACUCAGGAGAAGAUUGUCGCCGGCAACUCGAAAUGUUUCGUCGUCAUUGCUGACUACAGAAAGGAUUCCAGAGUUCUGGGGGAGCAGUGGAAGAAGGGCGUUCCCAUCGAGGUCAUCCCCAUGGCGUACGUUCCCGUCUCCAGGGUGAUAGCUAAGCGCUUCGGAGGGGAGGUCAAUUUAAGGAUGGCGGUCAGUAAAGCAGGUCCCGUCGUCACCGACAACAGCAACUUCAUCCUGGACUGGAAGUUUGAGCACGUCCAGAACUGGAGCGAGGUCAACACUGCCAUCAAGAUGAUUCCCGGUGUGGUGGAGACGGGGCUCUUCGUCAACAUGGCCGAACGGGCAUACUUUGGGAUGGAAGAUGGAAGCGUGAAGGUUCGGAAGGCUCCCGUCAGCUAAUGAGCUGRCCACAGGCUCCRCCCACAAAGUGCCACGCUCACAACCCGACCCCAGCUACAGGGAAGCUCACUUACCUCGCAAAAUAAKUUACUUUCACAUUCAGAAGGUGCUGCUUCUGAUUUUAUGUUGUUGUUUUUUUAAGUGCCUGAUGAGAAAAAGCCAGCUGGCAGAUUUUACUGUUAGGAGUUUGAACUGGGUUUUAAAGCUGACCGGGUCACCGGAGUUCAGCUGAAUAAAGCAAAGCUGUGCCUUUUGAUUUUAAAAUGACAUUUAAAAAGCUUAACUGCAUGUUGGUGUGAUUAUAAAAAAUACGCAAAUAACAGAUCAGAGUUCAAGGAUUGAGCAGUCAGGUUUGAACUUUUAGAUUCGGCUACGUUCAAUCUAUCAAAACAAACUCUGACGUACCAUAAAGAGCAAAGGUGAGCCGUAAAACGUUCCCUCUAACAAAGCAGAAACGACACAUCCUUCUGAAGCUAAACGUUCAACAAGAACACUUUGUGGCAUUCAUCAUUUUGUGGCUCAUUUUCCAUUUCCUUGUCAAAAGGAAAAGAGAGAGAUGGUAGUAGAAGUUGAAAAGGUUURGAAAAUGCUGGCUGUUUCCUCAUGGGUUGCAUCAGCUCCUCUUGCAGCUGGUUAGACGAGUCAGCUGAGAAGUUUGCAACUUCAGAGUUUGCCACAUUAACUCUAUUGUUUCAUUCUUUUGUGCCUGUGACAAACUUGCGUUAGUUUCUCCUCACACCAGGCGUCUGGAAGCAGGGAGUCUUGUGCCAUAAGCUCAUUUUAAAAACGAAACCCAGUGAUGAUGGUGAUUAAUGAAAAAAACAACCUUCCAACACAAAUAUAGUGGGCAAAUCUCAAAAACUGAGAUUUGUGUUGCUGCUUUGAUCUUUCAAAUAAAUCAGGUUGCCUCUUAAAAGUUAUAUAUUUUUCUCCUUUAUAGGCUUUUU